AGAUGGCCAGGGAAAGUGCUGCUCUUGGGUUACUGCAGGGCAGGCGGCUUGGGAGCCUGUUACAAGUCCACCAGGUCUGAGAGAGAAGAGAACAAGGGAGAGUGUGAGCAUAAAGAAGUAACUGGCAAUGUGCUCUCCCCAUUGUUAGCAUUACUUGACCCCCUGUGACCUGUGCAAGACACAGAUGUCUGCUACCUCUAUCACCUCCCACUGCUGGGAGUCCUCCCACCCUUGCACCUGGGUAGCUGAGCCUGGCUGUCUGCUGCCAGUGUGCUGCUUGACUUUACAGGGAGAGCAAGAGAAAUAAACAUUGAAGAGAGAAGAAGGAGGAGGAGGAGGAGGGGAGGAAGAGAUUGCAGCCUUAUGCUGGAGAUCAGAGCAGAUCAGGCUCCUUCCUCCUCCAUGACAGAGCCACAUAGCCCUGGUCGCCUCUCUGCAGACCACCAGUGACAGCAACAACCCGUGACUUCUCCAGACCACUCUUGUCUGCAAACACCAGGAUCUUGUCAGCUCAGACCCCCCACCCCAGUGGUGUUCCCCCCUCCCCACCCCCUGCCUCAGUCCUCAGGAGCUGUGGGCAGCUGGAGUUCUUCACUUAGUUUGGACUUGGAUCAUCUGGACUUGCAGCAUUCCUCUUCUUCUCCACCUCCACCACCACCUUGGUUAUUAUUACUUUGUGCACCCCUCCUUCUUCCCUUUUUCACUUCUGCACAUCAGAAAAUAAGGAACUUUUAUUUGCAGUUACUGGACAAGCCUGUGGCGAAUGGUGGGAAUUUCAAGCCCCUUCCAGUAUCGUACUGAGAAGCGCUCCACAAUGCCAGACUCACCUGUGGAUGUGAAGACACAAUCCAGGCUGACGCCUCCAACAAUGCCGCCUCCCCCGACCACACAGGGAGCCCCAAGAACAAGCUCAUUUACACCCACAACAUUAACCAAUGGCACAAGUCAUUCACCAACAGCACUGAAUGGAGCUCCGUCCCCUCCUAAUGGCUUUAGUAAUGGACCCUCAUCCUCUUCUUCAUCCUCGCUGGCAAAUCAACAGUUGCCUCCAGCAUGUGGUGCACGGCAGCUCAGUAAACUGAAGAGAUUCCUCACCACGUUACAGCAGUUUGGCAAUGAUAUUUCACCAGAAAUCGGGGAAAGAGUGCGCACCCUUGUGCUUGGAUUAGUGAAUUCUACACUGACAAUUGAAGAAUUUCAUUCCAAACUGCAAGAAGCGACUAACUUUCCACUGCGACCCUUUGUCAUCCCAUUUUUAAAGGCCAAUCUGCCUCUGCUGCAACGGGAACUUCUGCACUGUGCAAGACUGGCCAAGCAAAACCCAGCCCAGUACCUAGCUCAGCAUGAGCAACUGCUACUGGAUGCCAGCACAACCUCACCUGUUGACUCCUCCGAGUUGCUUCUCGAUGUGAAUGAAAACGGGAAGAGGAGAACCCCUGAUAGAACCAAAGAAAAUGGCUUUGACAGAGAGCCUUUGCACUCAGAGCAUCCAAGCAAGCGGCCAUGCACUAUAAGCCCCGGCCAGCGGUACAGUCCAAAUAAUGGCUUAUCCUAUCAACCCAAUGGUCUGCCUCACCCUACCCCACCACCACCUCAGCAUUAUCGUUUGGAUGACAUGGCUAUUGCCCACCACUACAGGGACUCGUACAGACACCCUAACCACAGGGACCUCAGGGACAGAAACAGGCCUAUGGGGUUGCACGGAGCACGUCAAGAAGAAAUGAUAGACCACAGACUAACAGACAGAGAGUGGGCAGAAGAAUGGAAGCACCUUGAUCAUCUGUUAAACUGCAUAAUGGAUAUGGUGGAAAAAACAAGACGAUCCCUCACUGUGCUACGGCGAUGUCAGGAAGCCGACCGGGAAGAGCUUAAUUACUGGAUCAGGCGGUACAGUGAUGCGGAGGAUUUAAAAAAAGGUAGCAGUAGCAGCAGCACCAGCCAUUCCAGACAACAGAGUCCUGUGAAUCCAGAUCCCGUCCCCUUAGAAUCGCAUCGGGAAUUCCUUCACAGGCCCGGUUCUGGAUACGUGCCAGAAGAAAUUUGGAAGAAAGCUGAAGAAGCUGUAAACGAGGUGAAAAGGCAAGCAAUGACAGAACUGCAGAAAGCAGUGUCGGAGGCAGAAAGAAAAGCACAUGAGAUGAUUACCACAGAGAGAGCAAAAAUGGAAAGGACGGUUGCAGAAGCAAAGAGGCAAGCUGCGGAGGACGCCCUGUCCAUCAUUAACCAGCAAGAAGACUCAAACGAGAGCUGCUGGAACUGUGGACGGAAGGCAAGUGAAACCUGCAGUGGCUGUAAUACUGCCCGGUAUUGCGGAUCGUUCUGUCAGCACAAAGACUGGGAGAAACAUCACCAUAUCUGUGGACAGACUCUUCAAGCUCAACAGCAAGGAGAGACUCCAGCAGUCAGCUCCUCUGUUACACCCAACAGUGGUGCAGGAAGCCCUAUUGACACUCCACCAGCAGCUACUCCUCGAUCGACCACUCCAGGCACACCGUCCACCAUAGAGACAGCUGCCCGUUAAAAAAAAAAAAAAGACAAAAAUUUGUUUGAAAACUUUACAGAUUCAAUGAAAACCAAGUCCUCAUUCUCAGAUGUUCAAAGAUUUAAAUGAAGUAUCAUAUUUCAUUGCUACAAUAACAAUGGACUACUUUUAUCUUGCGGUAGUAGUGUGAAGGCCAGUAACGGGUCACAAUGACUUCUUAUGGAAAUCAAAGAUAUCUUUUUCUUUAGAAAACUGAAAGAGCGUAAAGAAUAUAACACAAUGCUAGAUUUGACCUCCUCCCUGGUAUUUUACAGUAGCUGGGAUUUAAAACUAGAUGACCUCAUUAACAAAUGCUUUACCAAACAGCAAACCAAGAGAUUGCUAACUGCUGUUGAGAGCAAAAAAAAAAAAGCUCAUAUGAAAAAUAAAAUCACAUUGUUCUUUGUAAAAGGGGAAAAAAAAAUCAAGAUGAGCCCCUCAAGGGCAUAAGCGUUGGAUACAGCAGUAGACAUUUUAACAAGAAGAUGAAUGGCGUCCAUGGGUUACGAACUUUGAAGACCCGCUACAAAAACUCACAGAUGUGCAGCAGAUUGGAAGCAACCACAGAUGUUCAUCAUUUUUUUUUUGUUUCAAAAUAAAUACAGUACUAUCCAGGUCAACACGAUGAAAGAUGAGUUGCAGUGGGAUAUAUGAAAUGCCACCAUGUAAAAGCUUUUUUCCUUUGAUAUGGAAUGGUUCUCAUCCAGUAGUUAAGUACUAAGUUGGCAAUCAUGACACCAAUCAUUUGCCCCAAAAAUAAACUUUUCGAUGCUCAAUCUCUUUUGCAAGGUUCCACAGAGACAAUCGGGUCUAUUCUAAUAUUUUUUUUUAAUUUAAAGUGACAAAAAAGAUUUAAAAAAAAUGUAUACUGUGUGGCUUCAGCUCCAGCCCACUUUUAAACAGAAAAUAAUUUUUCAUCCCAUACUGUUUCACCUUAAAAGCUAGUAGUUCUCUCGGUGUUUCAAACACUCCUGUCCUGUGAGGUUCCCCAAUGGUGUUUUUUCUUGUAAAUGUGAUGGACAAAUGUGAAGAUGCAUCGUAGUUCUAAUCAUGCCCACAUUUAACCUCUUUAUUCUUAGCUGGUGAGAAACCCUUCUCUUUCUAUGCUGCUUUUAUAUCUGUAAAUGUAAGUGAUAAAUCUCUAGUAGUACAAACAGCCCAUUUUUUGUCUUUAAGAAAGGAAAAAAUUAAUGACGCUAUUUACGGGAGCUGCUAAUUCACUCUGUUCUAAGAUUUUUUUCUGAAAACUAGCAUGCUUCACGGAAUGCUAACCUAUUGGUGUUUUUGUAGGAGGGAUGUACAUAAAUGUAUUUUUGCACUGUCACAAUGACUCCCUAGGCAUGCAUUUUUAUUUUUUAUUUUGGCAAACUCCUUUUUGACUAUUCUAGGUCCACCUCACCAUUCGAUCUAUCAGUAGCAUAGAACCAUAGUGGAUUUUUUUGUUUUAUCUUCUCAUUUUUUUAUGUUGCCUUUUUUUAAAGAUUCACAAAUAGCAACUUUUUAAUAAAAAAAUUAAAAACAAAAACAAAAUAUCACAUCAAUGUUAAAGGGCAGUGCAUGUGUAUUGCUGUAAGACUAUGUAUUUCUGAUUUUAACUAUGAUAAUGAAAUUUCCAAAUGCUGAGGUGUAGAUUGACGGCUUUAACUGCUGAAUGUCAGGUCAUACAGUAUUAAACAUAAAAGGGAAGUCAGCCAAAGACUGAUCUUAAGGACCAAAAUGAAAAUUUCUUAAAGCACCAAUACUAUAUUCCAAAAGAUCAGCAGGUUAAACAUGUCCAGUAAGGUACAGUGUGAAUUCAUUAAACUUUUUUUUUCUAAUGUCCAGUGUCCAGACCAGAUGUGUGGGUUCAAUAAAAUUAUAUAAAAGAAAAUAAGAAUAGCCUAAGUCAAGGAGGGUCCAAUGUAUCAGCCCAUCUGUACUAUAUCUCCCAUGAGAGCAUGCCCGUUGGAGGGAAAUAUGUCUCCUGCAUAGUCAUGGGACAUGUAGCUUUAUUUUUUGCUAUAUAUUUAUCCCUUGUUAAGGGCCUGGUUCUGUGCUUUAUGUGAGUAUUGCAAAUAAUGGGUUAUGUAGACUAAAUACUUACGUCAGAGGUUACAGGUCAAGUACCUAUAUAGCGUGGUAGAAUACCAUAAUGCAGUACUUUUACACUACUAUUUAAUGACUUUAUUUAUGUUGUUUGUCAUAUUUUUGGUUUGUUCUGGAUUGUACUGCAUUGUGAAUCGGUCUAAAGGUGCCUCAAUCAAGGGCAAUUCUUGCAAUUCUUUUGGGAGCCAAAGGAUAAACAUAUACGUAAUGAAGCACAUGACCAGGACUUUCAACAGGUGAUUUCUUUCCAUGGUGCUGCCAGAUCCAUUGACUUUCUCUGUGUAUUAGUAGUGUCUGUGUAUGACACUGGACAGUCUUUUCUAUUGGAGCUCUUGUACGAUCAGUGUAGGAAGGAAAAGACAAUUUGCUAAAUUUCUGGUAAUUUACAUAAAUCAUAUCAUCUGUCAAUCCAUAUAAGCUGUUCAAUUAUAUGACAGCUGUUUUUUUCUGUGUAAAAUAUGGGUUUGUGACAGUACGUCUCAUUACUUUAAUUCAGGGCACCCUGAGAGACAUCAGAUACUACUUCCCUCCUCCUAACUUUGAGCUCUUCUUCUUUCUUCUUUUUUCUUUCUUUCUAUUUUGCUACAGUCUCCUCAGUGGCAAAAAGUUUCACUCUACCUCUGACAGCAUGUAUAUUGGACCAGUAGCUAUCAAAACUGGUCUAGUCAAACCAAAUGGGCAUAAAACAGAUACCAAAAGCAAAGCUCAUACAGCUGCAAACCAUAUCACUUCUUGGUAACAAAGCAGACCUCAUUAUCUUAAUAAAAAGAAAAAAAAUUACUUUCCUUUUUUGCUUGUCAUUUAAAUGCAGGCUAUGUGAGAGUAUAAUUUGUAGGUAUAACACAAUAAAAGUAAAAAAAAAAAUGUUCUCUUCAUUGGAUAUAACUAAAUGGUGGUCGCUGAUAGGCUUAGGGCACCCUCUUGCUAACUCUUGCCCCUCUAUUUCUUCCUUCUGGUCUUUCUCUUUAACCCUGUCACACGAUAGGGCCGCCUAUUGUCUUGUUUUUUUUUUUCUUAUUUCCUUUUUCUUUUUUUUAAGCUUUAAUUUGUGUAGGUGCAUGUCUUGGGGAUUUAAAAAUACAAGGCUGGUUUACUAAUGCAAAGCAUGCCUAAGUCUGGAAUACUUAAAGUUGGGGUGGGGUGGGCUAAGGUGACUCCAUGUUGUCCGAACUCUCUAGAGGACAGUAAAUCAAAUUGGAGACUGUUGAAAUGCAGAUUUAAAGUACUUUUUUCUAAAUCAUUAAGGUUUUAUUUUAUUUUAUUUUUGGUUCUGCAACGUUAUUGUGAAAAAAAGUUGUUGUGCAAUACUUAAUUCAGACAUGUACCACAAGUUAAUGGUAGACUAACACUGGGUGAAUGGGGGGAGGGUAGACAUCAUGCUUUUGUCAGCAUAAUCUUGAGCUUUCAAGUCUACUAUGUCUGAACUGUGGGUUCUUGUUUAUUCUUUUCCUUUAGUUGGACUGUAAUGUAUGGUCUGUCAACCUGUGAAUCUUUAAAGUAUGAUUCAGGUAUUGUUGUAUUCUUUACUGUGUAAUAAAAACAUCAAAAAAGA